AUGCUCUGGGGGAUAAGGGGGGGGGGGGGGGGGGGGGGGGGGGGGGGGGGGGGGGGGGGGGGGGGGGGGGGGAGGUGGUUAUAUUAUAAUAUGGGGGGGGGGGGGGGGGGGGGGGGGGGGGGGGGGGGGGGGGGGGGGGGGGGGGGGGGGGGGGGGGGGGGGGGGGGGGGGGGGGGGGGGGGGGGGGGGGGGGGGGGGGGGGGGGGGGGUAUUUUUGGGGGGAAGGGUGUUGUUAAGGUGGUAGUUAGGUUGGGUGUGAUUAAAAGUUAA